AUGUUUAAAGAACUAACAAACGCUCAGACAGUACGAUCAUUAAGAGAAAUGCAAUUAUCUAUGCAACGGCAGUUAAAAUUUGAUGAUGCACUCUUUUAUCUGAAGAAAUGGAUCCUGUUAACUGUUGAUAACUGGCUAGAUUAUAUAGAGCUAUCAUCAAAGAAUCCUUUAACUAAAACGAAUAGCGAAAAUCAUAAAUCAGCAUCCAUUUAUUAUUCUCUCAUUGAUCGCUUGGCGAUUCAAUAUUUCCGCACUCUUAGAGCCGGUUCAUCAUCUGAGAGUUCAUCGUCUGUGUUACAUAAAAUUGAUGCAAAAUUACGCGGAAAACAACCAGAUAUUUACUUCCGGGAUGACAUUCUUAAGAUUGAACCCG